CCUUGUGAGCUUGGAGCCCGUUUUGCUGACCUGGAUCAGAAGCAGAUUCAGCUCAAUCUUGACCUGGAGCUGGCCAAGACAAACUUGCAAAAGGCCAAGAAUGAAGCCACUGAAACAAUGAACCAGGCUCUGGCACAGAAGGAUCUGGACCUCGCAGCCGCGCAGAAAGCAGCCGAAGAGAAAACUGCACUCGCUAACCAGAAGCUAGCUUCAGUCGGCAAACUGGAGGAAGAGAAUGCCAAGCUGAAAACUACCCUUGAUGAAGCCAACAGGGAGGCGACUCGUCUGAAGAAGGACAAGAACAAUCUGACCGAAAAGAUGGAAGGCAUUGCUCGCAAGCGGGGCGAUUUGGAGAACUAUCUAGGAGGGCUUGCCAAGAAGAUGUUCAUCAUGCUUGAAGGUGCUUUCUUUUGUCCGACUGACUUGUUGAUGUCGACUCGAUAUAUAACCAUUGACUCAUCGUUGUAUUGUGCGUGCAGAAUUUUGCCAGAACUUCGAGGAAGAAACUGGGCGAGUUGAGACAAGCUUGGACUCCAUCCUCUCUCCUGUGAAGGACGAAGCUGCCAUGAAUGUGCUCUGACUGGAAUCACGUGUCGCUGGUGUUGUCGACUACCUUGCUCGUAUGAAGGUCGCGGUGUUGCGAAUCGACACAGCACUCUGGCCAAGGGCGAUGCUCCAAAAUGACCUCGAGUCUCUGAUGGCUCGACUUAACGAGGUUCCUGGUCGAGUGCUGGAAUGGAAGGAGUCUUCUGCUCGAUGCGGUGCUGAUGUGGCUCUAUCCCUGGUUCGUGUCCACUGCAAGGAAGCGCGAGAAGAGAAGCUAGCAGCAAUCAAGGUUUCCAAUACCAAAAGGCACGACUUCCAAUCUUUCAUGGAAACCUUCAUUGCUGCCGCCGCUCGGAUUGCUGACGGAAUCGACCUGGACGAGUUCGUCGAGCCCGCUAGCCCACCUCCUGCAGAGUGAACAAACUUUAUGCCUCACCUUAAAUUUGCCUCGGGAUGCCGAGUGAUUUUGUAACCGUUAAACUCCUUCGGGCUUGGUGCCCGAGUACUUCAAUCCGUGGUCUGGAA